AUGAGUGUGUCAUUCGACUUCUUCAUAAGGCUGGUGUCCUCACCCACAAUUGAUGAUCUCCGCAACGCUCAUUCACGAGGCCGUUCCUUGGAUAUUGGGGUUCAUUCCUUCCGCAACCUAAAACAGCUUUCACAAUGGCGGAGGCUCUGGUGGGUUUCACUUGUCGCCAUUGGCAUCCCUAUCCAAUUAUUCUUCCAUUCGUCUACAUUCAUUGUAUACACAUCAACUACAUAUUCUGUCCUCUUUGCUAGCGAAGCUUUCACGACAGGCGCAGACUUUGUGUAUCCCGGUGUGGCCUUCCUGGGUCUGACGGCAUACAAUUCAACAACCGAAGUUCAAUCCCACUUUUACGACAUUCUGCCGGGGUUCCGGGCGGCAUCGAUGAAUUGGACCAGGCUGGAGGGCCAAGACUGCCUGCGCACGUAUUUCCAAGACCCGAAGGGCCUGCAAAGUCAUCGCAACCUUUUGCUUGUCGUUCAGACAGGGCCCAAUGCCGAUGCGAAAGGCUGGCAGGGGGCUCAAGUCUGGAACAGCACUCCGGCCGCCUAUACUAACGACACUAUCCAUGAAUAUCAACCCGAGGCUGUCAAUGCGUUGUGGUCAUUCUCCCCCAUGUGCACAACUGAGCGAUCUGGCUCAGGCGACAACACCAUUUGGACCUACUGUGAAGGAGGUUACACGACAAGCGGGUUUGGUAGUGCUGGAUCCUAUCCGCCUCAGGUCGACAUUGGUUCCGAGGCUCCUAAGGUGUGGAAUAUAUCAUGGUAUCCGGAGGGGAAUGAUUACCCGUCAGAUGUAUUUGGGAGUGGUGAUAUUUAUCCCGAAUACCAGACCCUGGCUGUCAAAUACUGCCUAUCGGAACCCUAUUCAGCACCUUGUAAAGUUUUCGUCUCGGGUCCUUUCCUCCUCAUUAGCCUGAUCUGCGUUACCUUGGGAUCCAUCCUGAGUGUUCUGGUGUCUUCGUUCCACUGGAGGAAGGAGUCAUGCCAAUGUCUCGGAGAUGCUUUGAAAGUCUUUAUGAUGCAUGGCCCGGACAUUACCAGAAUGUCUGGUACAGGGCCCAUGGUGUGGAAAGAUGCCAAGAAGCGGUGGGGACAGGUCGUCAGCAGGCGCAUGUGGCUCUGGACCUAUAUACCCAUCGGGGUAUUUCUCCUGGGUGGGACUAUUCUCCUUGGCGUGUUUGGCUUCCCAUCUCUACAAUUUGAUGACGCUUUUGGGGACAGCAUAGGCAACCGAAUUACCCCCAUGUUUAACUCCGAGGAUGAAUUCGAUUCCUCCGACACAAGUAUAGCGAAAUUCCUCACUUAUUGUCUCACAACGAACUUGCCUCAACUCGCUGUUUCGAUCUAUUACUUCACCUUCAGUUCUCUAUACUCGACUAUUUUCCAAGGCAGAUACUGGGCGGACUUCGCUGUGAAAGCUCAGCAGCUCCGGGUGAGCUCCAAGCAUGGCGCGCACCAAGUGUCCACCCAUGCCUUCCAGUUUCCUCUUCUCUGGGGAAUCAGCUUCAUAUCCCUCAAAGCCUUACUGGGUUGGAUCCUCAGUCAGACAAUAUACGUAAUGCCAAUUGGAAGCGUCUCUUUCUGGCAGCCCGAAUUCGAAUUCAACGACGUCGACGUGAACAUGGGGUAUUCCAUACGAGCCAUGAUCCCCGGUCUUGUUAUUGCCGCAGUCGCUGCUGCGAUCCCUGUCAUCCUCAGCUUUCGCCCCCUGCCUUUGAAGUCCGUCAUCGUGGGCACCGACUCGGCGGUCAUUGCGAGUUACUGUCCGCCUAACACGCCAUCGGACAGGCAGGACGAAGACUUUGAGUGUCAACAGAAUCCAGGCAUCCAAUUUGAUAAUCUCAUGAGGUCGCGCAGGGACAUCGGAAUGCUGAGAUGGGGCGUUCUGGAUCUCGGGAGCAAACGAAAUCAGCGGCCAGGUGUCCUUGGUCUGGGUACCGAGGAGGAAGUCAUCAAAGUCUCCCCCAUUGCUGGCCACACGUACGUCUCAGUUGCUUUAGCCUCCGAUGGUGUCAACCACUCCUGCCAAAGCCAAGCUGCCGGACGGCAAGGAUAA